AUAUAAUUAGUAAUGGUUUAUUAUUCGAAGAAAUAAUAAAUUUCAGUGCGUCCGAGAGACUGAGCCAUGUUUCAAAUAGCUAUUUACAUAUUAUUUCUCCUCUUUUCCGUUGGCUACAGCACAGACAAUCUGGAUUUAUUCGAUACAGAAAUAGACGACAUAUUCAGCAGCGUGAUCGGUCCAGUUUACAACAAGAAAACUCCACACCCAAUCUACAAUAAAACCCUUACUGAUGAACGUCGAAUGCUCAAAUUUCGAACGCUAAAUAUUCCUUUACUCGAAUCGCUCGACGAUGAAACACCAAAGAACCCCAUGCUCAAUCUUCAGGGACAAAGUUACGCUCAAGCGCCCCAGCGCACCCGAAAUUACGCUCAAGCGCCCCAGCGCACCCGAAAUUACGCUCAAACCUCCUUGCGCACACGAAAUUAUGCUCAAACGCAGAAAAAAUACUCCACACCUCAAGCACCCGAGCCUGCUUCAAAAAGUCAAGUCCUAAAAAGAGAGGACGCAGAAAACAUCUACAAAAAACUUUACAAAAACCCCGAAAAUAAAUUAGAGCUAGAGCAAAUGCUUGAACAGCCGAUACCCACCAAGCCGGACUUUAAACAAGAUAUGUUUAACGAAACUACAAGACGAUUCAACACACUUUAUGCUGAAUUUCAAAAUUCAAAAUGGGUGGAUGAAACUGCGAGUAUGAAUAUAUCUCGCCGACAGAUGACGACGAAGAGAUUUCGUCAUUAUAGACAAAACCCAAAUAAAACUAUGGUAAAUGAAAUGAUUACAAGAAAAUUACAGGAAUUGUUCGAAGGGGGUCCCGUUGGAUACAUAGAUCGGAAGUUAAUUAAAGAAGAAACUGAGUUAUAUUACAAAGAUCGCAAAGCCAUAGAAAGAACUCUAGCACUCAUGGCUCAAUUCAUUUAUGGUGCUCAGUAUAAGUUCAUAUACGCUCAGAAGCUCAAGGAAAGAUACUCAAAGGUGACUAGAUACCAAAUAGGAUACUCCGCUGCUGUUUUACAGAAUUUAAAAAUACAGUUUAACAAUGGGUACAGGGCGAUGUACGAGUUUAAUAACGUGUCACAAAUUAAAUUAACAUUUGAGGAUGAAGUGAUGUAUUUGAUAAAGAUAUAUGAAAGGCUGUUAAGGAUCCGAGUGGAGUUUAAUGAGGUAACGAACUAUAUAAGAGUGCUUGAGUACGAACGUGUACGGAGAGAGCGUUUGAGAAUGGCAAAGAUGGCUCAAAAAGAUCAUAUCUAGAUCCGGACCAGCUAUCCCUUUAAAUAAUAUUUUAAAUAAAUUUCCAUUCUGACAAGACUAAGUAUACAUUUUUAUAGUAUUUUUGAGGGUACUUUCAAUUAACAAUUUAGGCAAAAGUAUCGUUAUUUAUGGAAUGGGGACUCAAAUAUCAGAAUGGAAAUUGUAUAAAAAAUCCAUUUAU